GACAGAAACAGACGCCCCCCCCUUCCCCCCCCCCCUCUCUCUCUCUCCCCUCUUCUUCUUCCUCUGCUUGUUCCCCUGCGAGCUGAGGAGGAGCUGCGGAGAUUCCUGACAUACCCAAGUCGGACGCCCUGGAGCUCGAUCAGUUCCUGUAAGGUUUCAUCCCUUUCUUUAGUAGCUCCUAUUUGUUGUGUGGGUUGGGCGUGCUCUGCAAAAAUGAGCGUAGUUGGGUUUGAUUUUGGAAAUGAGAGCUGCGUCGUUGCAGUUGCAAGGCAAAGGGGAAUUGAUGUUGUGCUCAAUGAUGAGUCAAAGCGAGAAACUCCUGCAAUUGUAUGUUUCGGUGAGAAACAAAGAUUUAUUGGGACUGCUGGAGCUGCUUCUACCAUGAUGAAUCCGGUGAAUUCCAUUUCCCAGAUAAAGCGCUUGAUUGGCCGUCAAUUUUCUGACCCCGAGCUCCAAAGGGAUUUAAAAUCCUUUCCUUGUCUUGUCACAGAGGGGCCAGAUGGUUACCCCUUGAUUCAUGUGAGGUACUUGGGUGAGUCGAAGACGUUUACCCCAACCCAAGUUCUGGGCAUGCUGUUCUCUGAUCUUAAGGGCAUAGCUGAGAAGAAUUUGAAGGCAGCUGUGGUUGAUUGCUGCAUUGGGAUUCCAGUUUAUUUCACGGAUCUUCAGAGGAGAGCUGUUCUAGAUGCUGCCACUAUUGUGGGGUUGCAUCCUCUUCAGCUGAUUCAUGAGACUACCGCAACUGCCUUGGCUUAUGGUAUUUACAAGUCUGAUUUGCCUGAGAAUGACCAGCUCAAUGUUGCAUUCAUUGAUAUUGGUCAUUCAAGCUUGCAAGUCUGCAUUGCUGGCUUCAAAAAGGGCCAGCUGAAAAUAUUGGCUCACUCCUAUGACAGGAAUCUCGGCGGUAGAGAUUUUGAUGAGGUUCUCUUCCAGCAUUUUGCUGCGAAGUUCAAGGAGGAGUACAAGAUUGAUGUAUUCCAGAGCGCAAGAGCAUGUCUGAGGCUCCGUGCUGGUUGUGAAAAGCUUAAGAAGAUUCUUAGUGCUAAUCCCGAGGCACCUCUGCAUGUUGAGUGUUUGAUGGAUGAUAAGGAUGUGAGGGGCUUCAUCAAGCGGGAGGAUUUUGAGCGGAUUAGUGCUCCAAUCUUAGAGCGUGUCAAGAGACCCCUAGAGAAGGCCCUUGCUGAUGCUGCACUUUCGGUUGAGAAUGUUCACAUGGUUGAGGUUGUUGGAUCAGGAUCACGUGUUCCCGCUGUUGGGAAGAUAUUGACAGAAUUCUUUGGGAAGGAACUUAGGCACACUAUGAAUGCAAGCGAGUGUGUGGCCAAGGGGUGUGCACUCCAGUGUGCCAUCUUAAGCCCCACCUUCAAAGUUCGAGACUUUCAGGUCAAUGAGAGCUUUCCAUUUUCAAUUGGCUUGACUUGGAAAGCCGCGGAUUCCCCGAACGGGGGUGCGGAGGGUCAACAAGGAACAGUAGUGUUCCCUAAAGGAAAUCGAAUACCUAGUGUAAAAGCUUUGACAUUUUUCAGAUCAAACACAUUUACCGUUGAUGUCCACUAUGCGGAUGUCGGUGACUCGCCUUAUCCUGCAAAAAUCAGUACAUAUACUAUUGGUCCCUUCCAUUGUACAAAAGGUGAGCGAGGCAAAGUUAAGUUGAAAGUUCGCUUGAAUCUGCAUGGAAUUGUAUCUAUUGAGUCGGCAGCGCUUCUGGAAGAAGAGGAGGUUGAGGUUCCGGUCACAGAACAUUCAGUUAAUGAAGGUGACGAGAUGGACACUGAUGAAGCUUCAGCUGGUCCUACUCCAUCUAGUUCCCAUGAUGCCGGUGCUGAUGCUUCUGGUGUUGAAAACAGAGCUCCUGAAUCUGGUGAUAAAACUGCUCAUAUGGAUAUAAAUACCAAUGCUCCAAAGAAGAACGUGAAGAAAAUAAAUAUUCCCGUGGCAGAGUUCAUCUCUGGUGGAUUAUUGCCCUUGGAUCUCCAGAAAGCUGUGGAGAAGGAGUUUGAAAUGGCUUUGCAGGAUCGCAUCAUGGAAGAAACCAAAGACAAGAAGAAUGCUGUGGAAGCCUAUGUUUAUGAUAUGAGAAACAAGCUCAACGACAAAUAUUAUGAGUUUGUUACCAAUUCAGAAAGGGAGGACUUCAUUAAUAAGCUGCAGGAUGUUGAGGACUGGUUGUAUGAUGAAGGUGAGGAUGAAACAAAAGGCGUCUACGUUUCAAAGCUCGAGGAACUUAAGAAGAGAGGUGACCCCGUUGAAGUGCGGUAUAAGGAACAUAUGGAGAGAGGAACGGUGAUGAGCCAACUUAUUUACUGCAUUAAUAGCUACCGUGAAGCAGCUAUGUCGAAUGAUCCCAAAUUUGAUCACAUUGAUAUGGCUGAAAAACAUAAGGUGUUGAAUGAGUGCAUGCAAGCUGAGGUGUGGUUAAGGGAGAAGAAGCAGCAGCAAGAUUCACUUCCGAAACAUGCUAAUCCAGUUCUCCUGUCGGCUGAGAUGACAAAGAAGGCUGAAGCCCUUGACAGAUUUUGCCGUCCAAUAAUGACAAAACCGAAGCCCAAGCCGGCAAAGCCAGCCACUCCAGAAGUCCCACCAAGCUCUCCUAGUCAUGGCGAGCACCAGUAUCAAGGUGGGAAUUCUGGUCCAAAAGCCAACUCCAAUAACAAUCCCCCUGCCCCAGAAGCUUAUGAGGAGUCAAUGGACUCCGACAAAUCCGAUGCACCGAGUUCUGUGUAAGUUUUUCUCAUAAUAAAUCGAUUCCCUCGGAGAUUCACUUGGUUCGGCCAAGCUUGACUCCUAUAAAGAGAAUUUCUGCUGCACAAACCGGAGAUGUAAUUUUCUAGCAGAGAGGAAAGGCUGUGCAAGACUGUUGUAUGUUGUCUGGAAAUGAUCUAUAUAUGUAUCUUCAGCCCUCAUUUAAGUUUUGUUUGCCGUUUCUUAACACUUUGCUUUUGGAGAGUGUCAUCUACUCAGGACUCGAGCAGAGCUGUACUGUACGAUGUUGUCGUCGGGGAAAAGCACUUUUGCUUUUCUAGAAGUUACACGAUAUUGAGAAUUGCGGGAAAAUUUGCUCCCCAGAGUUUAUAACGGUGCAUUUUGUUUCAGAGUUAAA